GCCUUUGCAACGACAACUCGUGCACAAAUUAAAAAAAUAAAAUCGUCAUUAACGUCAUUCAAACCGGCGGGAUUUUUGACAUAGAUUUUGGCGGGAUAUGCUCGCGAGUUUUCACGUUCGGAUACGCGAAUGAAGGAUUCUAUUGUGUGGGACUGUUCGCGUAUCAAGCUGUGGAACAACGUGGCAUCCUGUAUGGAGAAAUGGUUCGGUGAUAAACGGUUGUGGUUAUUUGGCAACAACCUGCCGCUGCUACCAAGGAGGUCACGCGCGAGCAGUCGCGCGAUGGAGCGUUACGAGAAGCUGGCGAAGCUCGGCGAGGGCUCCUACGGGCUCGUGUACAAGUGCCGCAACCGCGACACCGGCGAGAUAGUCGCCGUCAAGAAGUUCGUCGAGAACGAAGACGAUCCCCUCAUUAGGAAAAUUGCGCUUCGGGAGAUUAGGAUGCUUAAAAACUUGAAGCACCCUAAUCUAGUAAACCUGAUCGAAGUGUUUCGCCGCAAGCGCAAGCUGCACCUCGUGUUCGAGUACUGUGACCACACGGUGCUGCAUGAGCUGGAGAAGUAUCCUGCUGGUUGUCCGGAGCUCCUCUCGAAGCAGAUAAUCUGGCAGACCCUGCAAGGAGUCGCCUACUGCCACCGACACAACUGCAUCCACAGGGACGUGAAGCCGGAGAACAUACUGCUGACGUCAGAGGGCGUCGUCAAACUGUGCGACUUCGGCUUCGCUAGGAUGAUCAGCCCCGGGGAGAGCUACACAGACUACGUGGCGACGAGGUGGUACCGCGCGCCGGAACUGCUGGUCGGCGAUACCAUGUACAGUACACCUGUUGAUGUUUGGGCUAUAGGUUGCGUAUUUGCAGAGCUCCUUUCAGGCGAGGCGCUAUGGCCUGGCAAGAGCGACCUCGACCAGUUGUACCUAAUACGGAAGACGUUAGGCGAUCUAUUGCCUAGGCAUAUGACUAUAUUCUCACAAAAUACCUUCUUUCAGGGCAUGGCGUUACCAGAGCCGAGCACAGUGGAGCCGCUCGAGAAGAAGAUCCCGCAGCGGUACUCCUGCAACGAGCUCGUCUUAGACUUUAUGAAUAAAUGCCUAGACAAAGACCCCAUGGUGAGGUGGACGUGCGAGCAACUGCUGAGGCACCCCAUCUUCGAGAACUUCCUCUUCACAGUACCACAUUCAGAUCACGAGGAGUACGAGAGAUCUAGAAGAGCUCAGGUACAAUCAUCACCUCUGCUGCCCCAACUGAUAGUGACAGACCGGAGUCAGCCGGCCAAGAACAAGAAGUCUGAGCUGGACUCCCGGAGUCACCUGCCGACCAUCUGACUACCGCCCCGCGUGCGGCCCUUGCCUUUGUGAUUAAAUGGAAAUACUAAUUCA